AUUAUAUGUCGCCUUGACGACGAAGCUAUGCCAGCGAAGUAAUGUCACCGAUGACGGAAUUAAAAUAGAUAUAGAAGUAAAUUCGUGAGGUGGUAGAAGAGUGGCGUGAAGGAGGAAGGACAGAAAAAGAGAGAGAGAAAGAGAGAGACAGAGAUAGAGAGGUGGAAAUCGAGAGUAGCCAACGUGUAAAGCAAGAGAAAGAGAAGGAUACGAAUCUGUGUUCCAGUGGGAGGUACUAAAAUUAGAGGAGCCCACGCGGCUAACAGUUUCGUCUUGAAGCUUCCUUCAGACAUUUUCAAAUAGUCCUUUACGCCGAUAACACAACGUGUUUUCGCGACGUCUCGCUGUCAGUCGCGACUCGGCGCCGUGAUUCUGCGUUCGAUUCGAUUGGCUUACGAGUGACUUCCUCGAGAGACACGGUUGCCUCCUUGGAACCCAUUCAACGUCCAAGUGACUCGAGAUAUUCCAACUGGCAGACGCAGACUUUCAAUUAAUCGUCUUUCUUUUUGUCAACGAUAAUUACCGUAAUCGAUGAUCCUCGUCGAACGGCGAAAAAUGAAAAUCAAGGGCGGCUGAUUUCCACGCCGCUGUUUCUACCGAUCCGUUCAGUGGCCUCGAAUAAUCCCGCGUCAAUAAGCAGUCAAGUGCAAAUCGGGUUUCUUUCGCCGCUAGCCGCGUUGCCUUUAUCGAACAUCGUCUCUGCAUUUAGCGAAGGCUAGCCCUUCAACAUGAUAAUGUAUAUUCCUGUCUUCUGCAUACGUUUCAAGUGGCUCUCGUGCAGAUAGCGAACCGUACCUACUUCGCUGUCUCUUCCCUUAUCAAUGAAAUUGUCCCUGAGGCGUACUCGCGUUCGAGUGAUCCUCCCCGACGAUACUUUUCAUUAUCGAGACUUUCGUGAUUCUCGGAGUGUUAGAUUCUGCCGAGGCUUACGGCAUGUAUUUCAAUCGAUCGACUAUCGAGCCGCCAAUCUGCAUAUAUUUCAUCCUGCUAUUUCUGAUUUUUCUGUCGGGCAACGUUCAACAGAUCGAAGGUAGAAAAUGCGUAUGUACGAGCAAGGCCUGUAAAGAAGCCGGUGUCGACACGUGCAAGACCAAGUUUUACUGUUACACAGAGUUGAUCUUGACUGGAGACCAAGAAUUCGGAGGGAAUACUACGACAAGAGGAUGCACCGAGGGUGCCACGCCAUUGUUAUGCGAGACAAAGUCCUGGGUCACGAGGUCGAAGUCGAACGACAACGUGGACCGAUCGUCGGCUGCCUGGAUCCGUAUGCCCUGGCCCAGAUUGAAGUGUUGCGACAGCCACGACUACUGUAACGCCGAUCACCGCAUAAACGUGUCCACGUGGAUCCACGACAAAGAGACGCCCGAUGCUGUGGAACCCACUUUAGAUUACACCGGUUCCUUUAAUGGGAUGUCGUCGAGCCGAGACAUAAUGGGAUCGAUUCAGCCGGAUCCAGGGCCGAUUGCCGGAGGUCGAGAAUCGCCGGAUCAAUUCCUUGAGAAUCGCGUUAAACCGCUGCACGUUGCUGCGCUGGUCUUGGCGAUCGCUGCUCUGAUAUCGGUCCUAGCAGCCUGCUACGUUAUUACAAGAUUCUUGAAAACAAAUCCAUACACCGUUGGCAGCGUGGAAUAACGAAGAUCCUUACUUGUAAUCUUUAAGCCUCGAAACUUUCCAACAAUUAUCACUAUCUCCUUUUAUCGAAUUAAAGGAAUCAGGUAAGAGUCCAAUUAAUAAUUCUUUGUCAGGCAAACGGACGUGUGAAAUUUAUUAGAUUACGUAUUACCGGUUUCAUUGUACGAAGAGAAACUACGUCGCGUCCGAGCCGGAGUUAAAUCGGCUCGAACGUGCGUUCGUACGCACUCACGGACACGGAUACUUUCUGCCUUUAAUCGUAUGCCCCUGAUCGACUAACGAACGCAAAAUAUAAAUAGAAGCCGGCUGUGCAAGAGAUAACCGCCGCCGACAAGCCAAACGAGUCUGUAUCGAACAGAUUUUUGUCAUGGAUAAUAUCGAACAACUUUCGACUCUCGGUAGCCGGUAGCGCCAGAAGAUUAUCGACAAUAGCAGACGCGAAUAAUUUCAUCGAUACUAGACUUGCCCUUUCAAAUCCAUGCAUCUUUAAAAAUUGUAAUUAAGUCGGCGAUGGGACACGGUGGCGUCGAACGGAUGCGUGGAAACGUGGGAUAUCAUGCGGUUUGAAGAGUCAUCGAAGGAAGGCAUGACGAAGCUCGACGAGGGACAGUUUUGGGCAAACAACUCGCUGAAAUCUUUUGUUUCCAAGGGUAUGACUAACAUCGGGCUGCGCCUCUUAUUUGAAUUCCGUCCUCCCGGUCUCACGGGUCUAAAACCAGGUGCUUCGCUUGUUUCCAUGUAAUUAGUCAUCCUCGGGGCAUGCACGUAGUUGAAAGAAAGAAGCACAUACUUGUGUAAAGCGUGGAAGAAUCGGACAUUUUUAGGAUGGUGGACGAAUUUGGUGACGAUCGUACAUGGUGAACGUUUGUUAUAUGUACGACGUUGACUCUAUACUAAAUAUGACGGUAGACAAGAGCCAGUGUUGGAAUCAGUGUGCACGUCGAACGAUGAUACGAUAAGUUAUUAUGCGUACAAGAAACUGCAUUCCCGUUCUAAUGGAUUUACAUCUUGUUACGAUUGUAAAUAAUUUGUAUAAGAAUAGCGUAAGAUAGUAAGUAUAUUGAGGCGUAAAAAUAGUAGAAUACGUUA